CCAGUCUGUUAAGUCUAUUCCAGCCUGUACAACUACACCCACAGCAGCAAUGUCUUCCCCUGUUUGAAAAAACAAAACUCCCAACUAAUACCCCAAAACUGUUCCCCUUUCUUCCAAUCUCUUCUCAAUUCAUUUCCUUUUUUCUUGUUGCAUUCUUUGAUCUGCCUAUUCUUCGUCGCCAUUUGAGAUAAGCUGAAAUCUGAGCAGAUAAAAGAUUCAAAAUGAGUGUAAUCGACAUUCUUACUCGCGUCGAUUCAAUUUGCAAGAAAUACGACAGGUACGACAUCGAUAAGCAGAAAGAUUCAAACAUCUCCGGCGACGAUGCGUUCGCUCGCCUUUACGCCGCCGUCGAUGCCGACAUUGAAGCUGCUCUUCAGAAAGCAGAGACAGCUUCGAAGGAGAAAAAUAGAGCGUCUGCUGUGGCGAUCAAUGCGGAGAUUCGAAGAACUAAGGCUAGAUUAGUAGAGGAGGUUCCUAAAUUGCAGAGACUGGCUAUGAAGAAGGUGCAUUUUCACUUGAUUUUAUGAUCUCAGUAGUUAGCACAUUGUCCAGCUUGUCAUCCUUCUUAAUUUGGUCAAUUGUGCCCUUUGAGAAUCAGA